UAAUCCCCUUAGUGGAGUUCUCUCCAACUUUUCCCUGUUCCUUUUUCCCUCUUCCCCAUUCUCUCUCUCUCUCUCUCUCUCUAAACAUUUCUCUCAUCCUCCUCCAAAACCCAACCCUCCCCCAUUUCCUCACAAAUCUCUCCAGCAGAGGUAAGCCUCCUGAAAGAUUCCAUCUUUCUUUGUUUCUGCUACAUUUUGGAGCUUACUAGUGUUGUUUGUUCUUGUUCUUGCUCCACCUUCCCAUGCUCUGAAUGGUGAAGGGUUUGCUCUUCUCACCUUCAAAACCUCCAUUAGAGAGGACCCAGGAAACUCCCUCUUGAACUGGAACUCCUCUGACCCAAACCCAUGCUCAUGGAAUGGGGUCACCUGCAUCAGUGCCCUAGUUGUCUCCCUGAGCUUGCCCAAGAAGAGGCUUGUGGGUUCCCUCCCCUCCUCUCUUGGCUCCCUCACUUCACUCAGGCACCUCAACCUAAGGACCAAUCGGCUCUUCGGCCCCGUUCCUUCCGGCUUGUUCGCCGCCGUGGGGCUCCAAAGCUUGGUCCUUUAUGGCAAUUCCCUCUAUGGGCCCCUCCCGCCGGAGAUCGGCAACCUCGCUUACCUCCAAAUCCUCGACCUUUCACAUAAUCUCCUCGAUGGCUCUUUGCCCUACUCAUUGAUCCAAUGCAAGAGGCUCAAAACCCUAGUUUUGAGCCACAACAACUUCACCAACUCGUUGCCCGAUGGUUUCGGGAGCUCAUUGCUUGCAUUGGAGAAACUUGAUCUUUCUUACAAUCAGUUCACCGGCCCGAUCCCGAGCGAUAUCGGUAACCUCUCGAGCCUCCAGGGCACGGUCGAUCUUUCGCAUAAUCUCUUCUCCGGUUCGAUCCCCCCAAGCCUCGGGAAUUUGCCAGAGAAGGUCUACAUAGACCUUACUUAUAACAAUCUCAGCGGACCGAUACCGCAAAAUGGGGCUCUGGAGAAUAGAGGUCCGACCGCCUUUAUCGGGAAUCCGGGCCUUUGCGGCCCUCCAUUGAAGAACCCUUGCUCUUCUGAUGUCCCGUCGUCCAAUCCGUUUCUACCUAGCAAUUACUCGCCUUCCGGGGUCGAAGCCAGUGCCAAUUUGACCGGAAGUGGUCGUACGAAAGGGUUGAGUAGAAAUGCGGUGGUUGCGAUAGUCGUGAGUGAUGUGAUCGGAAUCGGUCUUAUAGCGUUGCUAUUCUUUUAUUGUUAUUGGAGGGCGAUUUCUUCUAGAGAGAACGAAGAGGGUGGGAACUCCGAUAAGGGUACAAAGUGUAGAAAGGAUUGUAAUUGCUUCAGGAAGGAAGAAUCGGAGACCCCGUCGGAGGACAUCGAGCAAUACGAUUUAGUGCCGUUGGAUCGGCACGUGAGAUUCGAUUUAGAUGAGCUUUUGAAGGCUUCGGCUUUCGUGUUGGGGAAAAGCGGGAUAGGAAUCGUGUACAAGGUGGUGAUGGAGGACGGUGUGACGUUAGCAGUGAGGAGGCUUGGUGAAGGAGGGUUACAGAGGUUCAAGGAGUUUCAGACGGAAGUCGAAGCCAUUGGGAAAGUGCGGCAUCCUAAUAUUGUUACUUUGAGAGCUUAUUAUUGGUCGGUCGACGAGAAGUUGCUAAUUUAUGACUACAUUCCUAAUGGAAAUCUCACUGCUGCAAUUCAUGGGAAAGCCGGAGUUAUUGCAUUUACACCGCUAUUGUGGGACGUUCGACUAAAAAUCAUGCAAGGAAUAGCCAGGGGCUUAGCAUUUCUGCAUGAAUUUAGCCCGAAGAAGUACGUUCACGGUGAUCUCCGACCCAACAAUGUACUUCUCGGAAUGGACAUGGAGCCAUAUAUUUCCGAUUUUGGCCUCGGCCGUCUCGCCAACAUAGCAGGAGGAUCGCCGUUCUUGCAAUCAGAUAGAAUGGCUGCAGAAAAGACUCCGACCCAACAAUCCGAUAUCUCAGUUAGUCCUCUUGUGAGCAAAGGAUCAUUUUAUCAAGCGCCGGAAGCAUUGAAAACGUUAAAACCUUCCCAAAAGUGGGAUGUAUAUUCCUACGGGGUGAUUUUACUUGAGAUGAUCUCCGGUAGGUCACCGGUUGUUCUAUUGGAAACCCUAGAAAUAGAUUUAGUUCGAUGGGUACAAUCUUGUAUCGAGGAGAAGAAACCACUUGCUGAUGUCUUAGAUCCAUCCCUUAGUAGAGAAGUCGAUAGAGAAGACGAGAUGAUUGCGGUGCUUAAAAUCGCUUUGGCUUGUGUUCAAGCUAAUCCAGAAAGAAGACCGACUAUGAGGCAUGUUGUCGAUACAUUGGACAGGCUAAUGAAUUCACGCUAGAAGUACUUUGCGGACAAAGGAUCGUGGUUCUUGGUUGUACGGGAGUUGCCUCAUUUUCUAAUCGAUAUGCCGAAGAAAAUUGUCCAUAAAAGGACAUUCUCCAACCCAAAGAAAUUCAUCAUCGAACGUAAGCAAGCCAAAAGAGGAGAACAGUAAUGAAGCUUGAUGAGCUCAAAGAAUAUCGAGCCCUUUUCUUCCUUAGCUCAAUAAAUAGAGGAAGAUCUAAUGUUUUAUAUUAACAGUGUUAGUUUUGUAUUUGUUUGGGAUGCUGCUUUAUAUAUAAUGUAUCUAAUGUUUUCACUGUUUGUAUGUUCAAUUGAACAUGGUAAAUGUGAAAUAUUGAUGGUUUUGCUGCUGAACUUAUUAUGUCUUGUUCUCUUC